GUAUCGUGAGGGACCCAGUUUGACAUUAACCCCAGUAAACUGGCGACGGGCUCUAGCGUGCAUUCAUGGCAUAUUUUGGUCCAGGAAAAGGGAGCUGGAUGUACACACUAUAUUCUACAAUUGAAAAGCUAAACAGGGCUCAUACUUGCUGCUGGAGAAGGUCGUUCCAUCUGCAUAAAUAAUGAAGCUGAUCAUCUUCACUCUUAUUCUCGCGUUCCCUGGACAAGUUGAAUGCUUAGACUGUUACACGUGUACGUAUGGGAUCGAAACGCUGCGAACAAACACCGCCGCGUGUGGCGAUCCUUUCAAUACUAAUGGACCGCAUGUUGUGAAAACUGGUUGCUACCCAACUCAAGAUCCUGUAUGCGCAAAAAGGCGUGACUAUGUAAACGGCGAAGUGACGACUGUUGCCAGAGCUUGUUUCCCAAAGAAUGUCUGCCCCAACCCGGAAGGCUGCGAUACCACCGAUGGCGUGAGCAUCUGCUGCUGUAACACCGACUACUGCAAUGGGAUGACCUCUAUGUUUGAUGUCAAUGUCUUCACAAUUGCAGUUUCCCUUAUAGUGGUGUGGAAGAUUUAAAAAGCAGUAUAUAGAGAGAAUUAAAAACAUAGUUUGUGGAUGAUAUGAAAAGACUAAUGUUGGCCCUAAUCACAACCGAAAGGACAAUUUUCCGAGACCCCCGGCAAUUUGAUAUUUUUGGCAAAAUAGGGUAUAUAAACAUGUCGAUUUUGCAAGAUCUAAAACAAUACUCUAGUGCAUGAUGCGAAAAUAGCACAAGGGGGAAAUUUAAAGCAUCAAUUUGUUGUCUUAAGGAAAACCAAGGAUGAUAUAUACUUUGUUGUGAUAUUAAAUUUUUUUUUUUUAUUUUAUAAUUUUGCAUUUCGGUGGGGGUGGAGCUGUAAAUAUGAGCUAAAAAACAGUUUUCAGACCCCACAUUUUGCCUAAAAUGGCCAGAAAACAAAAUAGGAUGUAACCAUGGCAACGGGCUAUAUAUUGAAUUUAACAUGCAUUUUUGUUUACUUGCACCCUAAGGCCCUUCCACCCCCAAAGUAUAAACAAAAUUUACUUUGGCCGUGAGCACAUUAUGUCAAAUAUUUACCUGAACUUUAAAGUCACCUGGAAAUAGAAUUUGUUUUCUUUCAAACGUAAGAGUAUAUGCUUACGAACAAUAAAACAAUUU